UCUUCUCGUGGCAUGUACGACGGCGCGCUAGGCGGAUUCGUCACUUGACUGUGUCAUCUGUCAGCCAAAACCGUCGCGUUACACUAAAUACCGCUAAUAUCCAUGAUUUUUUGACAACACCAUUCCAACACCACCAAUAUCAUCAACAGCAUCAAAUCAAUAAUCAGGUGUUGCGAAUAAUUAUCAACAAUUAUCCACAAUUAUCCACUAUUAUCCAUAAUUAUCCAUAAUCCUUGGGGAAAAAUUUGCUGAUUACUUCAUUGGCGCAAGUGAAUUGAGGACACUAUGUUGGUGGAGAUCGUUGUCCAGUGGGUCUGGGGCUUCCUCAGUGGAAUGAGAAUUGAUUUGGUAUAUAGCAUUCUCGUUUUUGUCGGUGCCCUAGUCCUAGUUAGGGCUGGACAGUGGUUCAAGUUUCUCAGGAGUCUUCCACCUGGACCCUGGGGCUUUCCUGUAUUCGGCUAUUUGCCGUUUAUCAAGGGAGAUCUUCAUCUGCAGUUUGGGGGACUUGCUAAGAAGUAUGGGUCUAUGUUCAGCGCAAGACUUGGCACUAAACUUGUGGUCGUGCUAAGCGAUUACAGGACUAUCAGGGAUUGCUUUAGGCGGGAAGAGUUCUCCGGGAGACCCCACAGCGAAUUCAUGAACAUCUUGGGAGGAUAUGGAAUAGUUAAUGCGGAAGGCGCCAUGUGGAAGGAGCAGAGGAAAUUCCUUCACGAAAAAUUGAGGGGUUUCGGCAUGACGUACCUCGGGAAUGGGAAAAAAAUCAUGGAAGCGAGGAUUAACCGUGAGGUUGAUGUGUUGAUUCGCUCGUUAUCGCUAAAACGAGGUGCACCAACCGACGUCUCACCAUCUCUGGGCAUUUCGAUAAGCAAUGUCAUAUGCUCCAUAAUAAUGAGCGUGCGAUUCCAUCACGGUGACACACGAUUCCGGAGAUUCAUGAAUCUCGUCGACGAGGGAUUCAGACUAUUCGGGAGCAUACACUUUGUCAAUUUUAUACCGAUCUUGAAGUAUCUGCCGAGUUUGAGAAAAACCAGGAACAAGAUAGCAGAGAAUCGGGCGGAAAUGGCGGAAUUCUUUCAACAAACCGUCGACGAGCACAAGUCGACGUUCGAUGAGAAGAAUAUCCGGGAUCUCGUUGACACGUACUUGUUGGAGAUCAAGAGGGCUAAGGCUGAGGGCACGGACGCUGCUCUGUUUCAGGGGAAGAAUCACGAUCGCCAAGUGCAGCAGAUCCUGGGCGAUCUCUUCUCCGCUGGAAUGGAGACAGUGAAAACUACCCUGGAAUGGGCUGUGAUUCAAAUGCUUCAUCAUCCAGAAGCGGCUAAGGCUGUGCAAGAGGAGUUGGAUCAGGUGGUGGGAAGAUCACGAAUGCCAGCUCUCGAGGAUCUUCCCUUCCUCCCAGUCACCGAAGCAACUAUUCUAGAGGUCUUGAGGCGAUCCAGUAUUGUCCCACUCGGCACAACACACGCAACUACACGUGACGUGACGCUGAAUGGCUUCAAGAUACCAGCAGGUGCACAAGUGGUUCCACUGCUUCACGCGGUUCAUAUGGAUCCGGAAUUGUGGGCUGAGCCAGAGGAGUUUAGGCCGACGCGUUUUCUCUCGAGUGAGGGAAAAGUCACGAGGCCAGAGUACUUCAUGCCCUUCGGUGUGGGCAGGCGAAUGUGUCUGGGGGAUGUACUUGCACGAAUGGAACUCUUCCUCUUCUUCAGCUCUCUCCUCCACACGUUUCAUAUGGAACUACCUGAUGGUGAUUCCCUUCCCAGUCUCAGGGGAAAUGCCGGGGUCACUGUUACGCCUGAUCCCUUCAGGGUUUGUCUUCAGCAGAGGCACCUUGAUAUUGAUGGCUUUCUACCGGAAAUGUCUAGUCCACUCAGAAAUUUCGGCUCUCACUGAGCUUUGGAUCUUCAGUGGUCUCGGGGAAGAUUAACGUGGUGGAUCAUGUCUACGAGAGCACGGUUUGUUGUUCCUGUUUGCUUGCCCUAGGGACGAGACCUUCUGAGUAAGUGAUUCGUUACUGAGGUUUACGGUUCAGAUAGGUCGAGGUGUUCCAUCGUGAUAUAUAUGUCAGACUAGGGCGCUAUUCACUAAUUUUCACUGGAUUUUCGAGAAGGAACUUGAAGGGAGAGUCGAUGUGAAAUUUCGUGGAGUUUAUAUUGAAGGGAAUUUCAAGUUUCUGCGCAAGAUCAAGCCACUUCCGGCAGGAAAAAACAUGAAAGAAGUCGAGUUCAGGGAAUCUCAAUUUUUUUUUGAAAAUUCAGUAGACUAGAAUGCCCGGAAUUUUUUAGGAAUUCCCUGAAAAUUCAAAGGAAUGUGAAAUUCAGAAGAAAUUAUUAGUUUUCAAUGGAUAUCUUGGAAUCUAUGGCAGGUAGCGAAAAUUUUAUAAUAACAUUUUUUGUAGGGGUAAGUAAGGGCCGCGAAAAAGGUUAUUACGAAUAAUUGGCUAUCUCCCUUAGAUUCGGAAAUAUUUGGUGAAAAGUCGUGUAGAUCGACUUGAAUGCGUUGACUACGGAAUUUUUGGAAUACCGCUGAUCAGACAUAGUGGAAAAUUCUCGCCGGAAAUUUCAGUGUUAAAUUUCGAAAAGUGUAAUAUGGUUAGGAGGUAAAAUUGUGGCGAUUGCGCUGAAAAGAAUGGAUAAAAGUACAAAGCAAACACCAAAAUUUUUAGCAGCACCCCGCUCGCUUUAUAGCCCGCCGCCAUAUUAUUUAUUUAUAAUUCCUAAACGGGGAGAAUUGUCACUGUAAUUUAUUCAUACAUUAGGUUACAUCAGUCAUUCUCGGUAAACCAUGUGUUUGCAUUCUUGUAUAGUUCUACGAGAGUCGUGACAUUUUUUCAAGUGAUUGAGUGAUUGAGUGGGUGAUUGUGCGAGUGAUUUUAAAAAUAAUUGUUGUCGAAUAAUUGUGAGAGACAACUAGUAUAAGACUGACCCGAAUUACACGUAAAUUGCUCGUAAUUGUGCGUUAGGGGUUAAAUUUUGUAUUUUUUAGAUGAGCGACGUGGAAUUUCUCACGCACUCGUGGAAAAAUGAUUUUUGAUUUGAAAUUAUCAUUACCUCAGGUUCAACAAUCUUUUUAGUUCACUGACCAAUUUUAUCCCCCUUCUUACGAGGUCGUGGAUUACACUCUCGUGAGUCUGUUGUGUUAUCUUAGUUCACUAUACUCUCGUGGACAAAAGAAAAAAAAGAAUCUCGAGAGUUUAAUGCAACAGAGACACUGCACACUCAGAAAAAAAUUACGCCAACCGAAUUUUAUUGAGGCAAUUCAAUAAACAAUUUUAUUAUCUCCAUUUAAUUUUUUUAUGAGUAUUAAAGGUAAAAAUGGCAUUGCU